AUGAGGAAACAAGUGGUAGAACCCUUGGAAAUACAAUGAGAUUCAUCAGCAGCAUCUAUAUGCUUUAUAACAUCAUUAUGUCCACAGAAGCCUGGGCCCCAAGGCUGCCAGAAGAAAGGGAAUUGAUUUCCAACUUCUCCAACAUGGCUUUAAGGGAGAUUCCUCCAGACUUGACUGAAGCCACGACCAUACUAGAUUUAUCCUAUAAUCUCCUCUUUCAACUCCAGAGUUCCGAUUUUCACUCUUUCUCCAAACUGCGUUUUCUGAUACUAUGCCAUAACAGGAUCCAACAGCUGGAUACCAAGGUCUUUGACCUGAACAGGGAGUUAAGCCAUUUAGACUUGUCUUACAAUAGGCUGAAAGUCAUAAUUUGGUCUUCUCUGGCAGGUCUCAGACACUUAGAUCUUUCUUUUAAUGACUUUGACACACUGCCUACCUGUGAAGACAUUGGCAACAUGCCACAUCUGGAAACCCUGGGUUUGAGUGGGGCAAAAAUACAAAAAUCAGAUCUCCAGAAAAUUGCUCAUUUGCAUCUCAGGGCUGUCUUGUUAGGUCUGAGGACUCUUUCUCAUUAUGAAGAAGGCAGCCUGCCCAUCCUAAACACAACAGCCCUUCACAUCGUUUUGCCAAUGAACACAAACUUCUGGGUGCUUUUGUGUGAUGGAAUGAAGACUUCAAAAGUAGUAGAAAUGACAAAUAUAGAUGGCAAGAGCCAGUUUCUUAGUUAUGAGACUCCAUGGAAUCUUACUGUGGAGAAUACCAAGGCAUCAACUCUGAUAUUUCACAAAGUUGACUUGCUCUGGGAUGACCUUCUCCUCAUCUUCCAGUUCGUGUGGAAGACGUCAGUAGAGUACUUCCGGAUUCAGGACUUGACUUUUGGAGGGAUGGCUAAUCUAGACCACAGUUCAUUUGACUACUCAAAUACUGUAAUGAAAGCUAUAAUAUUGGAGGACAUACAUUUCCGAAUCUUUUAUAUUCCCCAGGAUAGAAUUUACUUGCUUUUCACCCAAAUGGAUAUAGAAAACCUGACCAUAUCAGAUGCACAAAUGCCACAUCUGCUUUUCCCUAGUCACCCCCAGAGUUUCCAAUAUUUAAAUUUUGCCAAUAAUAUCUUAACAGAUGACCUGUUUAAGAACCCCAUCCAGCUGCCUUCUUUGAAAACCCUCAUUUUGAGGGGCAACAAGCUGGAGAGUCUUUCUUUGGUGAGUGUCUUUGCCAACAGCACACCCUUGCUUCACUUGGAUCUGAGCCAGAACCUGCUACAAAAUGAAAUCGAGGAGCCCUGCCUGUGGCCAGACACCUUGACCCUUUUGAACUUGUCAUCCAAUAAAUUUGAAGAUUCUGUUUUCUGGUGUUUGCCCAGAAAGGUUCAAACGCUUGACCUGAGCCAUAACAGAAUUCAAGCUGUCCCUAGAGAGACCAUCCACCUGAGCGCUUUACGAGAGCUUCGUGUUGCAUUUAAUUUUCUAACUGACCUCCCUGGGUGCAGUCAUUUCACAAGCCUUUCUAUGCUGAAUAUUGAAAUGAAUUUAAUUCUCAGCCCAUCUUUGGAUUUUUUUCGGAGCUGCCAGGAACUAAAGACUCUAAAUGCAGGAGGAAAUCCAUUCCGAUGUUCUUGUGAACUAAGAGAUUUCAUUUGGCUUGAAAAGCAUUCGGAAGGCUUGAUGAUUGGAUGGCCAGAUUCAUACAUCUGUGAAUACCCCUUGAGUCUAAAAGGCACUCCAUUAAAAGAUGUUUAUCUUCCCGAGUUUUCUUGCAACACAACUUUGUUGAUUGUCACCGUUGUGCUAGCCAUGCUGUUUCUGGGGAUGGCUGUAGUGUUUUGCUGGCUCAACCUUGACCUGCUCUGGUACCUCAGGAUGCUGGGCCAGUGGAUACAGAUACAGCACAGGGUUAGGAAGACAAUGCAAAAGGAACCUAAGAGAAGUGUGCAAUUCCACACAUUUAUCUCAUACUGUGCACACGAUUCAGUCUGGGUGAAGAACGAACUGAUUCCCAAUCUACAGACAGAAGAUGUCUUGAUUUGUCUUCCUGAGAGAAACUUUGACCCCUACAGGAGCAUUGCAGAAAAUAUUAUAAGCUGCACUGAGAAAAGCUGUAAGUCCAUCUUUGUGCUGUCUCCCAACUUUGUCCAGAGUGAGUGGUGCCAUUAUGAAUUCUAUCUGGCCCAUCACAAUCCCUUCCAUGACAAUUACGAUUCUAUUAUUCUCAUCUUACUGGAGCCCAUUCCCUCUUACUGCAUUCCUCCCAGGUUUCAUAAGCUGAAAGCUCUUUUGGAAAAGCAAGUACACUUAGAAUGGCCCAAGGAUAGGCGCAAACGUGGGCUUUUUUGGGUAAACCUUCAAGCUGCUAUUAAUGUUAAUUUAAUAGACACCAGAGAAAAGUGUGAACUACAGACAUUCACAGAGCCUAAUGUUGAGCACCAUGGUUCUACCACCUCUCUGGUGAGAACAGACUGCCUCUAAAAGCCACCACACCCAGGCAG